AUGCCGGAGCAGCUUGUGCAGCAAGCUGAGUUGCAGUCGCAGCUGCUGCAAGAGCGAGCAGCUGAUGACGAUCUGGAUUUGGUAGAGGUCCCGGAGUUCAAGGUGGCGGGAAUCGUGGUGCCCGAUGGCUUCGAAGGUGAGCGCCGGUCGUUCACGGCUAACAUCCCCGAGCGUGAUUCCAAAGCAACCAUUAGCUGGUACGAGCCGAGUGUGUAUGUGAAGAGAUCCCAGGGACUUAAAGAGCCGUAUAUCAAGAUCGACAGAAAGGGCGGGUCAACCUUGGGCGUCCGCAAGUACGGCGGCUGGGCAGCUACGUGGAAGCUUGCGAUCCAGUGUGCUAGAGGCCUCUAG